UCUUUUCAAAUACCAAUAGGCUCUUAAUUAAUAACAUUCUCGUUCUUGUUCUCCUCCCCCUCCUUUAUGAUCAUGUUUAGAACAGCCAGUCUCCUAUUUUCUGUUCACACAGUUUCUCUUCUUUUUCUUCAGCUUUCAAGUCGUUUGCAAACUUCCUGGGCUACUUCCGAAUGUACUCCUUCUUGUGGCAACAUUAAGAUAAGCUCUCCAUUUCGUUUACAAGGAGAUCCUGGACAGUGCGGCAACAAGAGCUAUGAGAUAUCUUGUGAGGCAGACGGUACCAGUCAAUCUCAUCAGGCCAUAUUAUACUUGUUUUCAGGAAAAUAUUACGUACAGGCAAUCAAUUACAAUAACUACACGAUCCGACUCGUGGAUGCUGGUGUUCACAAGACCAAGGGCAACCACUUCUCCAACCCAGUUUACUCUUUAAGCGUCUUCAACUUUACUAGUAGUUCUGUUGAUCCUUAUGUCAUCAAAUAUACUAGUUCUUAUGAUCCUUACUUCUUAUCCUACCCAUAUCGUGUGUAUCCAGAACCUUUUCAAUACGGUGGUGGGGAUCCAUUAACAGUGUCUCUAAUUUUCCUGAGCUGCACAAAUCAAAUGAAUCAUUCCGAUCUCUUUGUUGAAACAGCUCCAUGCAUCAAGAAUACCGGCAUCCACUCUUCCUCUGAUGCAUCCCUGUCCACAGUGUAUUCUUAUUUCAUGCUUGGGCGCUUGAAUGAUGAUGGCUCCCCAGAAGAUUUGAGUCCGGCUGAAUGGGGGUUGUCCUGCAAAAUAACACUCAUGGCUCGUGUGUCCCCCCCUCCCACUCCCACUGACAAGUACAGCAAGUCGUGUCAAGGCAUAUAUAAACAACUAGCAUAUGGCUUUCAACUCUCAUGGGUUCGUUAUGGGUGUAGAGAAAACUGCGGACCACAUAACAUCUGUAUGUUGACCCACGACAACAUUACCAGAUUUGAGUGCUACAAAGGUGACGGUCAGUUCGUGGAGAUCAUCAGAUCCAUAAUCCAUAAAUUGGUGCCAUAUCCUGUACGUGCUGCUUUCGACUACGUGAUGCUUGGGCCUUACAAGCUGCUUACCUUAUUUGUGGUCUUUUACGGCGGAAUAUUCGCAGCAGCAAAACUUUCAAUUGGCUUUCCAUUUGUAAUUGCAAUACUAAUAUACAAAUGGCGAAGGAGGCACUUGUCAAUGUAUGACAAUAUUGAAGACUUUCUGCAGAGUAACAGUAAUCUCAUGCCGGUAAGGUACUCUUACUCAGAAAUCAAAAAGAUGGCUAGCGGAUUCAAGGACAAAUUGGGUGAAGGAGGCUUUGGCACCGUGUACAAGGCAAAACUCUGCAGUGGUCGCCUUGUGGCCAUCAAGAUUUUGAGUAAGUCGAAAACUAAUGGGCAAGAUUUUAUCAAUGAGGUUGCUACUAUCGGAAGGAUUCACCAUGUUAAUGUGGUGCGACUUAUAGGCUUCUGUGUUGACCGUUCAAACCGUGCACUUGUUUAUGAUUUCAUGUCAAAUGGCUCUCUUGACAAGUACAUUUUUUCUCAGCAAGGUGCUAUCUCCUUAAGCUGUGAGAAAAUAUUUGAGAUUGCAGUUGGAGUGGCUCGUGGAAUCCAAUAUCUCCAUCAGGGAUGUGACAUGCGAAUUUUGCAUUUUGACCUCAAACCUCACAACAUUCUUCUUGACGAAAAUUUUACUGCCAAGGUUUCUGAUUUUGGAUUAGCAAGGCUGUACCCAUUGGAUAAUAGCAUUGUGUCUUUGACUGCAGCAAGAGGAACCAUAGGAUACAUGGCUCCAGAGUUAUUCUACAAAAACAUUGGAGGUGUAUCAUACAAAGCGGAUGUGUAUAGUUUUGGUAUGUUAAUGUUGGAAAUGGCUGGUAGAAGGAAGAACUUGAAUGCAGCCAUAGAUCAUUCAAGCGAAUUUAGCCAUAUCUACUUUCCUACAUGGGUUUCUGAUCAAUUGAACCAAGGGAAGGAGAUCGAAAUAGGAGAUGCCACUGAAGAUGAAAUGAAAAUCAUAAAGAAGAUGAUCAUAGUGGCAUUGUGGUGCAUACAAAUGAAGCCUAUUGAACGCCCUUCAAUGAGCAAAGUAGUAGAAAUGCUUGAAGGAGAAAUUGAGAGCCUACAAAUACCUCCAAAGCCUUUCUUAUAUCCACAGCAAAUGCCAGUAAAUGAUGUUGAGGACAAUUUAAGUACUACAUGUGCAUCAAGAAUGACACAAUCUACAGAGAUCAAUUUGAGUGCAGAUGCAAAUUUAGUGAAUUUAUAUUUGUCAAUAAGUGGAUGUAAGGGCCGUGAAACUUCUCUAUAAAUUUGAUAGCAUAAAAACAUUAUUAGUUUGUUUUAAUGUAUGAACACCACUAAUUUUUCCUUCGAUUGCUGUCUUUCAUGGUAUGCA